AUGGCGGACGUGGAGGUGGAUGUGACUGUGGACAGAAGAAUGAAUAAUGGAAACGAACACGUGAAGGAAGAUGUAGAAAUCCAGGAGCAAAGUGGUAAUGAUGACAGUGGUGGUGUUUCCGAGGAGGAGGAGGAUGAAGAGGAGGAGGCUGAGACCAACGGAGAGAAACCGGAGGCGGUGGGCAGUAAACGUCACAGCAGCGGCAGCGGGAAACACAAAAAGAAGAAACACAAACAUCGCAGCAAACACAAAAAGCACAAACACGCCUCUGAUGAAGACAAGGAGCGGAAGAAGAAGCACCGGCACAAGCACCGCAAACACAAACGUAAAGAGGGAUCUCCAGCUGCGGCCCAAAGAAAGACAGAGUCCCCCUCAGGGACCCCCAGCCUGGAUGACCGGGCUCUGCUGGAGGACCUGGAGAAGCAGAGGGCCAUGAUCAAAGCAGAGCUGGACAGUCAGAUGAUGGAGGGGAAGGUGCAGUCGGGGAUGGGCCUCAUCCUUCAGGGCUAUAACUCCGGCUCUGAGGAGGACCCCGAGGCUCGCUUAAGGAACGGAGAGCAGAGACAAAAGGGCGGUUCAGGGAAAGUGGCGUCGCCCAGAGGCAGCAAAAGCACCAGAUCUAAACGGGACACUCCUGAGACGGUCAAGUCCAAGCGCCGCAGUCGCAGCAAGUCUGCAGACAGACCACAGAAAGAAGCGAGAGACAAAGCUUCGAAAAGCGCCAAGGACACGGGCACCAAAGACAAAGGCAGAGACAGAAGCCGAUCACGAGAGAGAAAGCUCUCUGAAAGCACUGACCGCUCCAAGGACCGCAGCCGAGUGUCUCCCUCCAGAGCGGAGCCCAAAGGCGUCCGCAACGACAAGCGCUCCUCUCCCACCAGAGACGACCGAAGCCGGAGGUCCAGGUCCACAGGGAGAGACCGGCCCAGCCGCUCUGAGUCCGAUCGGGACAAACGACCGGCCAAGUCUCCGUCAAAGGACACUUCAUCUGGAAAAGAGAACCGCUCUCCACACAGACGCACGGCGAGCCCGGCCAAGAAGCCCAGCACGUCACCUCGACACCGGGACACUCACCCCGCAUCCAGCGCCUCUGAGCGUGCCUCCAAACAGACCUCCCCCACCAGGACACGCUCGCCCCCCCGCAGAGCACGCAGCCGAUCAGCAGACACCAGGAGGAGAGAGGAGCGGCAGGAGUCUCCCUCCAGGAAGCGUGCUCGUGCAGAUGUGGGCUCUGUUAGAGACCGCUCCAGAGAGGUCAGUCCCAGAGCAGCAGCCGCUCGCCGCCGGCCGAGCCGCUCUCCUUUGAGGAGGAGGUCCCCGUCUCCACGGCGACGCUCUCGCUCCUCUCCUCGCCGCAGGAGCCGGUCUCCGCUCAGGCACAGAUCCAUCGAGAGGGACCGGUACGGCAGGCCCAGACAGUACAGGAGGUCCAUGUCCCGAGGCCGGGACCGAGACCGUCUCCGAGACCGCAGGAGGAGACGCAGCCGCGACGAAGACAAGUUCAAAGGAAGUCUGUCUGAGGGAAUGAAGGUGGAGCAGGAGUCUUCAGGAGAGGACGUGCUCGACGACUUUGAAGGAGAGGAAGUGGAUGAAGAGGCUCUGAUUGAACAACGCAGACAGCAGCGUUUGGCCAUAGUUCAGAAGUACAAGGUGCAGAACGAAGACUCCAACAUGGCGUCUGAAGCCAACAGCCCCCAGAGCAGCAGCCGCAGCCGCUCGCCGUCUCCUGACGACAUCCUGGAGCGAGCCGCCGCCGACGUGAAGGAGUAUGAGCGCGAGAACAUCAACACGUUUGAGGCCAGCAUCAAGGCCAAGCACAACCUCAUCAACCAGGAGAAGGAAGGACUGGUUUGCCCUCCCCUGGGACAGAGGGAGCUUGAGUCCAAAGCCCGGCUGCCUGAGUGGCUCCUGGGGGCAUUCCACAGGUGUCGCUCUGUGCAGAGAGCCAACCCCAAGAAACCCUCGGCCCCCGACAUGUUCACCGAGUCUGACGACAUGUUCAACGCAGACUUCGAUAGCGCCCGGAUGCGAGCCGGCGUUGGAAAAGACUUCAAGGAGAACCCCAACCUCAGGGACAACUGGACGGAUGCUGAGGGCUACUACAGAGUGAACAUCGGAGAGAGUCUGGACAAACGCUACGACGUGUACGGCUACACGGGACAGGGCGUGUUCAGUAACGUGGUGAGGGCGCGAGACACGGCAAGGGCCGGCCAGGAGGUGGCGGUCAAGAUCAUCCGCAACAACGAGCUCAUGCAGAAGACAGGGCUGAAGGAGCUGGAGUUCCUGAAGAAACUGAACGAUGCUGAUCCUGACGAUAAGUUCCACUGUCUGCGACUCUUCAGACACUUCUACCACAAACAGCAUCUGUGUUUGGUGUUCGAGCCGCUCAGCAUGAACCUCCGUGAGGUCCUGAAGAAGUACGGUAAAGACGUAGGUCUUCACAUUAAGGCUGUUCGCUCCUACAGUCAGCAGCUGUUCCUCGCUCUGAAGCUUCUGAAGAGAUGCAACAUCCUCCACGCGGACAUCAAACCUGACAACAUCCUGGUGAAUGAGUCGAAGACCAUCUUGAAGUUGUGUGACUUUGGCUCCGCCUCCCACGUGGCCGACAACGACAUCACGCCGUACCUCGUCAGCCGCUUCUACCGCGCCCCAGAGAUCGUCAUAGGGAAACCGUACGACUAUGGCAUCGACAUGUGGUCCGUGGGCUGCACUCUGUACGAGCUUUACACCGGGAAGAUCCUUCUGCCGGGAUCCUCCAACAACCACAUGCUCAAACUGGCCAUGGACCUGAAGGGGAAGAUGCCCAACAAGAUGAUCCGUAAAGGCCUCUUCAAAGACCAGCACUUCGACCAAAACCUCAACUUCCUCUACAUCGAAGUGGACAAAGUGACAGAGAGGGAGAAGGUGACAGUCAUGAGCACCCUGAACCCGACCAAGGACCUCCUCUCGGACAUGGUGGGAGGUCAGCGCCUCCCUGAGGACCAGCGCAAGAAGGUGAUGCAACUGAAGGACUUACUGGACCAGACCCUGAUGCUGGACCCAGCCAAACGCAUCAGCAUCAACCAGGCCCUGCAGCACCCCUUCAUCCAGGAGAAACUCUGA